GUGCCCUUUGUCCCAGAAGCCCAUUGUAUACGACAGAGGAAACCCUGUGCAGUAGGGGCCGCCAUCUUGGAUAGGCAGUCUCUCCAGCCCAGGAUAACCUGCAGAUCCCUUUAGAAACCUCAAGACAUUAAACAUAUAAAACGCGAAACACACGAGAGCCACAAUGGCCACCGCACCGUACAACUAUUCCUACAUUUUCAAAUACAUCAUCAUUGGGGACAUGGGGGUAGGAAAGUCAUGUUUGCUUCAUCAGUUCACAGAAAAGAAAUUCAUGGCGGACUGCCCCCACACGAUCGGCGUGGAGUUUGGCACGAGGAUAAUCGAGGUGAGCGGGCAGAAGAUCAAGCUGCAGAUCUGGGACACGGCGGGUCAGGAGCGCUUCAGGGCCGUCACACGCAGCUACUACAGGGGAGCCGCCGGGGCGCUUAUGGUCUACGACAUUACCAGGAGAAGCACAUAUAACCACCUCAGCAGCUGGCUCACUGACGCCAGGAACCUCACCAAUCCCAAUACUGUGAUCAUCCUCAUAGGAAACAAAGCAGACCUAGAGGCACAGAGGGAUGUCACGUACGAAGAGGCAAAGCAGUUUGCUGAGGAGAACGGUCUGCUGUUUUUGGAGGCGAGUGCAAAAACGGGCGAGAAUGUGGAGGACGCCUUCCUUGAAGCGGCCAAGAAGAUCUACCAGAACAUUCAGGACGGCAGUCUGGACCUAAACGCGGCCGAGUCGGGUGUCCAGCACAAGCCUUCGGCGCCACAGGGCGGCCGGCUAACCAGUGAGCCGCAGCCCCAGAGGGAAGGCUGCGGCUGCUAAUGACCAAUCACCCAGUCCAGCUUCCCCUGCCCCGCCAACAUACACCACCCAACCAACCACCAAACCACCAACUUAUCCUUUACACACACACACACACACACACACACACGUAAACACGGUCACAAACACAAGCUCACAGAAAGGCAGUCCUCUUCAAAAACACACACACACACACUCAAGAUGCAAACACUCACGUCCAUGUUGUCCUCCCCGCGUCCUCUUGCUCGGAGCUUGUGGGUUGCUUGGGUAACAGAGGGAGAUGGGAACUAGGGAUGACUUGAUGAGGGCUGGGUGGGCAAUCUUUUCUCCUCCACCCCUUCUCUCUCUCUCUCUCUCUCUCUCUC